GGCCCAUCAUCAAACAGUAGCAACAUAUUCUUAUUCAAUAUUUUGUAUUAAUUCAAGAAUUAAAUAAUCUCAUAAUAUGAAGUACUGUUUGCCUUUGGUCAUGGAAAUGUAUGACUAAUAUGAAAAGCUUGGCUUUUAAGUAAGAGGAUCCUAACCAAGCUAGCAGCAUGUUGUUUAAGCACUAGCUACAAGGGGCUUCAGCAGCACAAGAACAUAUAUGGCUGCUUUGCAUGCUGGUGGAAUCACUUCAGCCUCCGGCGAUGGAGAAGCACCGCCACCACCCACCGCAGGCCGGCGACGAAGCGGCUGGAUCACCACUCCAUUCAUCAUAGCAAGUGUCGCCGGACUGACACUCGCUGGAGGCGGGUGGAUGAACAAUCUUAUAGUGUUCUUGAUCCAAGAAUUCAACAUCAAGAGCAUCAAUGCUGCCCAAAUCAACAAUGUUGCCUUUGGCUGCUCCAACUUUUUCGUCUUAGCUGCCAUUCUUGCUGAUUCAUUCCUGGGCUGUUUCUCCGUCAUCUGGAUCUCAUCUCUCGUCUCUUUUCUGGGCCUAAUUCUUCUGGAGCUAACUGUGACCGUUGAUGGCUUGAGGCCUCCUGAUUGUGAAACUGGCUCAAGUUUUUGUGCCAGCCCAUCAAGAAUCCAAUACGCGAUUUUGUUUGUAGCUUUGGCUCUUGUCUCCAUGGGGCUAGGCGGCACACGCUUCACCCUAACAACAAUCGGAGCCAACCAGUUCGAUAGACUCAAGCACCAGACCACUUAUUUUAAUCUGUACUUCUUCACCUUGUAUGUUUCUUCUUUUAUCUCCGCCACAGGCAUUGUGUAUGUCAAAGACAAUUUGAGCUGGGCUUGGGGCUACGGUAUAUGCAUAGCUGGAAACGUGAUGGGAUCAGCCGUAUUCUUGGCUGGGAGUCGGUUUUACUAUCACUACAAGCCACAGGAGAGUCCAUUUACGAGCUUGGCACGUGUGGUUGUUGCCUGUGUUAGGAAAAGGAACGCUGGGAUCUCGUCUGAAAGAGCAGAUUAUUAUGUGGAGAUGCUGAUGGAGUUAAAGGAGACGUUGAAGAGGAUACUGAAUCGAGCAGCACUCAAGACUGAAGGAGACGUCCUGCCGAACGGCUCGAUUUCAAAACCGUGGAAACUAUGCACUGUCCAACAAGUAGAAGACCUCAAAACUCUUAUCAGAAUCCUCCCAUUAUGGUCAAGCAGCAUUCUCGUAUCCACCCCAAUUGGAAUUCAAGGCAGCCUCACAGUUCUCCAAGCUCUAACCACCCACCGCCACCUCAGCCACCGUUUCCAAAUCCCAGCAGGCUCCAUGAUCGUCUUCACAUUGAUCUCCACUGCAAUUUCCCUCACUCUAUUUGAUCACUUUCUUUGGCCCAUGUGGAAUAGAGUGGCAGGCAAGAACCCUACAUCGUUGCAGCAAAUAGGCAUCGGCCACGCGUUCAACAUCGCCAGCAUGGCGGUUUCAGCCAUCGUCGAGUCGAAAAGGUGGGCUGCUGCCACAGCCCACCACCUCCAAGGUGGGCCGAUGUCAGUGUUGUGGUUGGUUCCGCAACUGGUAAUUGUAGGUAUCGGAGAGGCAUUUCAUUUUGCGGGGCAAGUGGCACUGUACUAUCAAGAGUUUCCGACUUGUCUGAAGAGCAUGGCCACUGCUAUGGUGGCAAUGCAGAUUGGUGUGGCCUAUUACUUGAGCACUGCUGUGGUUGACUUUGUUAGAAGAGUGACAGAGUGGUUGCCUGAUGAUAUUGAUGACGGGAGGGUAGACAAUGUGCAUUGGUUGCUGGUGGUGAUUGGGGUUCUCAACUUUGGUUAUUAUCUGGUGUGUUCUUGGUUGUAUAAGUACAAAAAUGUUCAUCAUCAGGGUGUUUCUGUGUCAUGAAUAAAGUUGAUCAUCAACUAUACGUAAAAAGAUAUUGAGUGCUGGUUUUGUGUUUUGUAGGGUUAUUUAAGUUGUGAUAAUGGAGAUGAUUUUGUACUUAAAUCUAUCCUCCUUGGAGGUUUAUAUGAAGUUGCAAGUAUAAAGAAGUUGUGGAAGGGAUUCUGGUUUUGGAAGAAAUUGAUCAUCAACUCUGAAAGAUAGUGUUUGGCUUGACUCUUUGUAGGGUUACUCAUGCAUAACUUACACUAUAAUAAAAAAUAAUAUUAAAGAUAAAAUAUUAAACGGUAAUUUUUAAAGUUGUUAUUAAAAAUACAUUUAAUAACAAUGAUUUUGAUAAUUGAUCAUGUCAGUAUAAAGAUGGCAAUUUUAAUUUUAUAUGAUUCAUUUCGACAAUUUUAUCUUACAACUUUAUAAAUUUUGUAUAUUAAGAACAAAAAUUGUCAUGAUUUGCUAAAAUGGUUGGUCUUCUUGUGGGAUGCCCAGCUAGUAAAACACCGCAAGUGCAAGUCCAGCAGUCGUGUUCUUACAUGUGUCCAUAUUGAUCAGUUGGCUUGAUUUACCACCCCUAAUCGAAACACAACAGUAACUGACAAAAGGGAUAUAAGAUUUCCUUGUCUGAGGCCCCCCAUACGGUGUGAGAAAACCAAAGACAGUGUUCACAAGUAGAAAAAAAUGGUAACGUAUUGAGUUGAUGCGUCAUUUAAGGUGGCAAAAUAUUGUUGGAAUGUCAAGUGAACUGGUUAAACCACGAGCAAUUGAUCGUGGGCAUGAACUACAGAACUAGCACGGUUUCACCAGCAAGUCUAUGUUGGAGUGCAUAUCAUCUUUUGCUCCUUGGACUUCAUCCACUUUUGCUUGCUGAUUUUUCUUUAUUCUGUUUCAACUAUUUGAUCAACUUUGAAAAAAUGAUACCUUAAAUAUGGUCGCAUAUACUUAUAAUUAAAUCAAGAAACUUAAUUUAGUAUCCUUGGUUGAUUAUCAUCAUCACAUAACUAAUAAUUGCAUAUUCCGUUGUGGUAAGAGAGAUCCUCCCUAAAUUUAUGUGGCUUACGAUGAUGAAUUUUAUUCAAGAUAAAAACUACAUCUAUUUGCAAGAACUCUUUUAUUAUUUCAUAGAUUAAAAAUAAAUUCCUCAAAUAAAGAAUAAUUAUAAAAUAAUUAUUAUUAUUUUAUCUUUAGUGAAUUCUUUUUUAACAAAAAAUAUUUUUUUAAAAAAAUUAAUAAAUUAAAUAAUUUAUAAAGCAUGCUGCGAAUAAAAUAUUUUUAAAAUUUUAUAUAUAAUAUAUAAAAUUAUAAUUUAUAAUCUAGAUGAACAGUAAAAUUCACCACAUCAACUUGUUGAAUUGUUUCCAUGUUUGACUGAUUGAAAGCCGAAUUUAGUAGUCAUAUCGGUUUUGGCUGAAAAUGGUAUAUGGUGUAUGGAAAAGUAAACCAGUAACAACCCCAAUUAGGAAAACAUCUGGCAAAUAAUUUUAUUUAGUUUGGCGAGUAUUACUUUAUGUAAAUUUUAUAGAUAAUUAAAUGACAAGUGUGGUGGGUACCAUAGAUUUAGUACUUUGAGAAAGACCUAUACCAAAGAUCGAUAUUUCAGUAAAGAUGGACGCAAAUUGCCCCAAGUCACUGGAAAGGAUGAGCUCAAUCUCAUAUCAUGUGAGACAGGGAGGGGGGGGGCAUUUUUUGGCAAAUUUAUUUUCCGGGAAAGUGAUGACCAUAUAUCAUUGACUGCCAACAACAAUGUCAAAAACCAACACAUCCAUCAAAAGAAGCACAAAACAGAUCAACAGAUCCGCCGAGUUUUGUAAGAAUUAGAACAUAAAUUCUCAGAAAUAGGC